AUGCUGCUGAUGAGAACGCUCGCGCUUUUAGCGAGCCUAGUGAGUCAAAACUGUGGUCAGAUCAGGCUUUGCUUGAUUGCAAACCAUAUAGGCUUAGCUAGUGGUGCAGCCGCAGUCAUGGAAAUUGCAUGGUCAGACCCGCAUGACGCCCUGCCACUGUUGCCGCAAAACAUUGACGAACAAGCUUCGACCGUUUGGUACACAAGGGUGAGCAUGCUUGCAUAUUUCUUACUGGCUGAAAUUGACCGGUUGAACUGGCAAACCGAAAUCAGUGAGACGGAGCAACUGCAAAAUCAGUUUGGAGGAACCAUCCGACAAGCUGCAUGUUCCCAAGUCCAAGAUGAGUUAAACAUUCGACAUGAAAUUGGUGACCAAGUUGAUGAAGUUGACAAAGUAAUUCACGUUCUUUUGAAGGCUGGACUGACGUCGGAUGCACUUCGAGAUGCACAUUUGCAAGGAGUUGAGCUUGAGCAUGCUGGGGUUGUUCAGGUGGCAAUCCCUGCGCUGGUGUUUGGGCCACACUUGCUGUUGAAUUGCUCGCACUUUCUUCUCAGACUUCUGUUGGUUUGCACGCAAGACGAGCGCUGGACUCAAGCUCACUGGACACCACUACACUGGUUCAUUGCUGCUGUGCAAACAUCUUCCAUGGUCACCAGGCUUUGCUUCUUGACUUUACUCGUGACCAGUUCCAUUGACGAACGAUGCUUCAUGCUCAAUGCAGUGGCGAAGACCGUGGCUCCGAUGUUGUUUUGUCUUUUUCUGGAGAUUGCGGCGUUAUAUCGCUCAUUGAUAUUUCUGUACCACCUGUCCUUCCUGGUACUUCUUUUCUUUGCAGCUCUCGGCAUCCGUGGCACUUUGAAGUUACCAUGCGGUAGACUCUUGGUCCAAUUCUUCUUGUCCCGGGUCGUGGCAUGCUCCGGGGAGCACGAGUCAUCGCACGAGUCGCCAGAGACCUGCAGCGAGUCAUCUAGGUCUUCCUCGUUGGGGUCGGAGCUCAGCUGA